AUGCAGACACAGGCCUGUGCACACACAAUCACAGACCCACCAUCUCCCAUCUACAUAGAUGUGAACACAUUUCACAUGGACUCAGAGAUACAUACACAGACACCGGGAGGGGAGGGGGUCAGGAUGGGAGUCCUGGCAGAAUGUCAGUGUCUGGAGUGUAGAAAACCUGCCAGAGUCCCUCCUGAUAUGGGGGUGGGGCACGGUGUCCACCCUGAGGUUGUGAUCACUCUCCGAGGGGAGCGGCAUCAUCUCCAAAUGUGUGAACUGAAGGGUCCCCAUCCCAGCUCUCAUGACUGGGUCUCUGCCCAGAUGUGA